AUGGACUCCUUGUUCUCUCAGGUGAGAGCUUCGGCCAGCAAAGCCAAUGAGGCAGAGCGUAAGAAAAUCAUCGAUGGGCUCCGAGACUUGGCCUUCUCUAUCGAAUCGCCAGAGGAUACUAUGCAAAGGAUCAUGUUCCAGCAUCUUCAAAUCGCUGGAGCACGCAUAGCGAUCGACUUGAACCUCUUCAACAUGCUUGCGACGAGCAGCCCGUUGACAACACGGCAGUUGGCCCAAGCAAAGGGUGCCAAUGAAGCCUUAAUGGCGUCUGUUGGGAUGAUCAAAGAGACUGGUCAGGACACUUUCGCUGCAACAAAUAUCACCCAAACACUGGCUACUCCAGGAUGGCAGGCCGGUGUUCGUCACUACUUCGACAACUGUGGGCCGGUCUUUCAGAAGCUGCCCGAGUUCCUGGCCAAAACCAAAUAUCAAGCUAUCACUGAUAACGCAAAAUGUGUUCUCCAACCAGCCUUUAAUAUCAACGUGCCAGCCUUUAUUUGGCUUCAACAAAAUCCAGCACGAUUUGCAACGUUUCAGCAGUACAUGAUGCAACAGCGAGAGGGAAUGCCUACUUGGCUCACCGUGUACCCGGUCAGUAGAGAGACUAAAGAAUGGGAUCCCGAUCGCCCUGUCUUCGUUGAUGUUGGUGGAGGGCUUGGUCAUCAAUGCGCGGCCCUGAAGGCGAAGUAUCCAGACCUACGAGGACGCGUGAUCGUGCAGGAUCUUCCAAAUGCGAUUGAGGCUGCGCUAUCUACCCCUGGUGUGCAGAACAUGGUCCAUGACUUCUUCUCGCCGCAGCCCGUCAAAGGCGCAAAGUACUACUACAUGCGCAACAUCCUCCACGAUUAUCCCGACGACAAGUGCUUGGUGAUCUUAAAGUACUUGAUCGCAGCCAUGAGCAAGGAAUCGGUGCUUCUCAUCGACGAUAUGGUGCUCCCAAACUCGAAAGUUCAUUGGCAGGCGGCUCAAUUGGAUAUCACUCUGAUGGCUUCUCUGGCAUCUGUUGAGCGGACUAAGGCACAAUGGCUGACCCUGUUGGACCGGGCCGGCUUGAAAGUCGUCAACAUCUACACAUACACAGUGUCGCUGCAGGAUAGUAUUAUUGCGGCGGUUCCAAAACAGGUGUCAAUCUCGAAGGCUUUGCCUGACAAGGGAGAAACAAAGAAGCUGGACUAUCAGUCAAAAGUCCGACCCUGA